AUGGCACCCUCACUGAACCUGAAAGAAGCCCCUGCCAACCGAAGCUCAUGGGAAACUUUGCUGCCAGAUUUCCCUAAAGGGCCACUUUGCAGCUAUCGUAAGAAGGCUUCCUUCAACUGGAGAGAGCUGGCAGUGCUGCUGGAUGGUGAAGAUAUCAUCCAGCUUAAGAACAGAGUCUUCUCUGCUCUGGAGAGUGAUCCUCUCUUUGCACAUCACCCUGGAGAAGAUCUGUGCCGUGAGAAAUACCAGGAGCUGACGUUCCUGCGCUUGAAAAGGCUCUUUGAGUAUGACUUUGUUACUCAACAAGAGGUCAUGGAGAGCCCACUGAAGAUACUCACUAUGGUAGCCUGUGUAGGGAUGUAUGACUGGUCUGUGUGUCUCCAAUACUGCUUACACUGUGGGGUAUUUGGAGGUGCAAUUUUGAGUGCUUCUAACAGAUUUGCAGACAUCAUGAAAAAAAUUUACAGCAUGGAGAUUUUUGGAUGUUUUGCUCUGACUGAACUCAGCCAUGGAACCAACACUAAAGGCAUCCGGACCACUGCCACCUUUGAUCCUAAUACUCAGGAAUUCAUCAUCCAUACUCCUGACUUUGAAGCUGCAAAGUUCUGGUCUGGUAAUAUGGGGAAGCAUGCCACUCAUGCAGUUGUGUAUGCCCAGCUCUAUACCCCUGAUGGGCAGUGCCAAGGAUUGCAUUCUUUUCUUGUACAGAUUCGAGACACAAAAACUCUCCUGCCAAUGCCAGGUGUGAUGGUAGGAGACAUAGGAAAGAAAGUUGGGCAGAAUGGGCUGGAUAAUGGAUUUGCCAUGUUCCACAACGUCAGGAUACCAAAAGAGAACAUACUGAAUGUGGCUGGAGAUGUCACAGCUGAGGGGAAGUACACAAGUGCAGUCCAGGAUGCCAAAGAGCGUUUCAGUGCAGCUCUGGGAUCCCUGUCCACAGGCAGAAUUAUGAUCACAGCCAUUUCCAUCACCAAUUUAAAGCUUGCCCUGUCCAUAGCCAUUCGCUUCUCAGCAGCCCGCCGUCAGUUUGGGCCAACCGAGGAUGAGGAAAUCCCAGUUCUGGAGUACCAAACACAGCAAUGGCGCCUGCUGCCUUACUUGGCUGCCGCAUACGCCUUGGAUCACUUCUCCAAAUCUCUCUUUGAGAACUUCAUAGAAUUUUAUGCAGGAUUGUUGACAAAGCAAAGGAGCCAGAGACAGGCUGAUAUGGGACGUGAGAUUCAUGCCUUAUCUGCUGCCAGCAAACCACUGUCUUCUUGGACUGCUCAGCAGGCAGCCCAGGAGUGCAGAGAAGCUUGUGGAGGACAUGGUUACCUUGCCAUGAACCGCCUGGGUGAGAUCCGCAACGACAACGAUCCCAACUGCACCUAUGAGGGAGACAACAACGUCCUGCUCCAGCAAACCAGCAACUAUUUAAUCAGCUGGAUGAGCUGCAUAAGAGAUAAAGCUUCUUUUGAAUCCCCUUUUGGAACAAUAAACUUUUUGCAAGACUACCAUCGUAUCCUUGGCUGGAAAUUCACAGCCAGCAGUGUUGAAGACUGCAUGGACUCCUCAGUUCCUUUAGCAGCAUAUCAAUGGCUGGUUUGCUACCUGCUCCGAGAAAGUGACCUAAAACUGAGCAAGGAGAAGCAGUCUGGGAGAGGUGACUUUGAGGCAAAAAACAAUUGUCAGGUGUACUACUGUCGGUCCUUAGCCAUUGCCUUUAUUGAGCAGACAGCCCUGCAGAGGUACCACGACUACACUCAUGACCCCAGCAUCCCACCUGCUCUGCAGCCAGUGCUGAAGAAUCUCAGUGCUCUCUAUGGGCUCUGGUCUUUAAGCAAACAUCUGGCUGUGCUCUACCAAGGUGGCUAUGCUGCAGGUGAACAUGCUGGGAGGUUUAUCCAGAAUGCUGUGCUGGAGCUGUGCUGCAGGCUGAAAGAUGAUGCAGUUGCCUUGGUUGAUGUCUUUGCUCCUCCUGACUUCAUUCUCAACUCUCCCAUUGGUAAAGCUAGUGGAGAGUUAUAUAAAAAUAUGUGGACAGAGAUCCUGCAAGGCAGCAAAGCUCUGAGCAGACCUUCAUGGUGGGCAGAAUUUUGUGUUAAUAAGCCCGUGGCAGGCAGGCUGAGGUCAAGAUUGUAAACCAAACAACCUGUAAGAGGCUGGAUGGGCCUGAGAUGAAUUGAGACAUCAGGAGAAAGGAGAACAUGUGUCAAGCACUGAAAAUGAAAGAGAGUUCUGUAGAGAAAUGCCA